GCCAAAAUGGACCAACUCAAAGCAUUCCUCCCCUCGGGAGAAAAGGGCAUCCUCCCCUAUUACCUGUGGUUCAUCUCCAUCGUGUCCAUGGGCAACGCUCUCCAAAACUACGUAACCCUCCACUACACCCGGCGCAUCUACAACGGCCGCUUCGUCCCGAACCACGCGCUGCCCCCAGCCACGGGCAAGCACAGUCCCGAGGACAGCACCAACAUCCUCAAGCCCGCCUCCGGCAAGGACGCCGAGAAGGCCAAGGACCAGGUCACUCCCCUGGCCGCUCGUGUCUUUGGCACCUACACCUUCGUCGCCGGCAUCAUCCGGCUCUACGCCAGCUACCAACCCGAGAACUACGCUCUGUACCAGAUGGGCAUCCUCACCCACGUCAUUGCCGCCGUUCACUUCACCUCUGAGAUGCUCAUCUUCAAGACCAUCCGGUUCAGUGGGCCUCAAAUCUUCCCCUUCCUCGCUGCCUACGGCGGUACCACUUGGAUGCUGCUCCAGUACAGCAACUACGUUGUCUAA